AUGGCCAAAAAACCAGAUCCGAAUGAAAUUAAAUAUGUUUUCAUUAGACAAGUUGGAGGAGAAGUCGGAGCUUCUUCUGUGUUGUCUCCAAAAUUAGGUCCCUUAGGUUUAUCACCUAAGAAAGUUGGAGAUGAUAUAGCUAAAGAAACACAAUCAUGGAAAGGUUUAAAAAUAUGUGUAAAGCUAACCAUUCAAAACAGACAAGCAAAAGUUGAAGUUGUGCCUACAUCAGCUGCUUUAAUUUUGAAGGAAUUAAAUGAAGCUCCUAGAGAUAGAAAGAAAGUUAAAAAUAUUAAACAUAAUGGUAAUUUAAAGUUAGAACAAGUAUAUUCAAUAGCUAGAGUUAUGAAAGAUAAAUCAAGAGCCAAAGAAUUUAAAGGAACUGUUAAAGAAAUGUUAGGAACUUGUAAUUCUAUCGGAUGUACUGUUGAUGGAAAAAAACCAACAACAAUACAAGAAAUGAUAGACUCAGGAGAAAUAGACGUACCCCUUGAAUAA